GUGAACCUGAUACUUUGUUGUAUAUAUACUUUACUUGUGCAUAUUCUAUUUUAUCAGAUAUAUGCAAUUACAAAUUGGUGUACAGGUAUGAUCGUUUAGGAUGACUUUAUUAAAGACUGGAGGCAUGAGAGCCUUAAAUCGUUGCCUCACCUGUUCAAGAAUACAACCAAUGGUGAAGUAUCAAAAAUUCCAUUUCUCGUUGAAAUCUAUGGUGGCAUCUGGACUAAAGGAUUUCGAUGUGUUGAAAAACCAAAAUGCGAGUCAUAUGAGCACUACAAAGACAAAUAUUCCUGAUGGAUGGAAAGAAGUUGGCAUUCAUAGUAUCAGAACAAGAAUUGGUUUGUAUGCAAAACUUUCAAAGGCGAGACUGACAGGUUUAGUCGUUUUAACAGCUGCUGCUGGUUAUGCUAUAGCGCCAGGAGUUUUCGAGCCAAAUAUUUUUAUCUGUACAGCUUUGGGUACCAUGUUUUGCUCGUCAUCCGCUAAUUCAUUUAACCAGUUUAUUGAAGUUCCUUAUGACUGUCAAAUGUCUCGCACAAGAGACAGAGUUUUGGUUCGUGGUUUGCUUAGACCAUCGGAUGCAGUAAUAUUUGGAUCUGUAUCUGGCUUAAUUGGCGUCUCUUUACUUGCGGGAACCGUAAAUGCCACUACAGCUGUUCUAGGAUUUGCAAACAUUAUAUUAUAUGCGGGAGUGUACACACCAUCAAAGAGAUACCACAUUGCUAAUACUUGGAUUGGUUCUGUUGUUGGUGCUAUUCCACCACUCAUGGGUUGGACAGCAGCCACUGGUGGGCUUAGUCUUGGUGCACUGCCUCUUGCUGCUAUUCUUUACUCUUGGCAGUUUCCACAUUUCAAUGCGUUGAGUUGGAAUUACAGACCAGAUUAUUCAAGAGCUGGAUAUAAAAUGAUGUCAGUGACGGAUCCAGCUAUGUGUCGACGUGUAACAUUGCGUCAUUCUUUAGCGCAAAUACCGAUUUCGAUUGCUGCACCACUGCUCGGUGUUACGAACUGGUCAUUUCCUGUCUUAGCGUUACCUUUCAACGCUUAUUUGUCGUUGUUGUCAUGGGAAUUUUAUAACAAUUCAAAUACGAAUACUGCUCGUAAACUGUUUCGUUUCACGUUGAUACAUUUGCCAAUCAUUAUGUUUCUUUUGUUUGCAUGCAAGGAUAGAAGAACAGUCGUCGAUGAAAGUGAAUGUUUCAAAGAUGGUGAAGAUCAACCCCGCAAUUGAAAAUACUUAAAUUUUUAAUAUAUCGCAUCUUUUUAUCACGAGUUCUAUAUAUGUUUAUAAACGUUGUGAUAUUUAAGGGUAAAUCUUUAUCAUGGCACAUACACACCAUUUGGGUCAUGUUAUUUCAUCACUAACAUAUUGCUGCACGUAGUGGGUUCGUCUGCAUCUCUGCCUGGGGACCGCGGAUCGAAUUCCGCUCACUGCUAGGUAGUAUGUUAGUGAUGAGAAUAGUAGUUCUUCCUCAAUAUGAUUGUAAUAUAUGUUAUUAAGUAAAAGACUUCAGUCUUUCACUUCUUUAAAUUCGCCUUGGUGUAACAACCCCCCGUACUCAGAUUUUAAAAAGGUUUUACAUGAAUCGAAAUUCAAAAUGCGUAUUUAUUUAUUGUUUUCAUCAUCAGCAAUGUUCGUUGUUUUUUUACUUUUUCUAGAUAAUCCUUCAAUAUAGUAGGCAGUAGUGAGAUUCAGGCAAGAAAAGAGAUUUUGAUAAGAAAUUUAGGAAAGUGAAAUUGUUUUAUGUGAAAAUAUUCGAUUGUUUGGACACUAUCUUGGUGGAGGUUGUGUCACUGUUGAUUUCCCAUUGUAUCACAGUUUAGCUGAUAAACUGUUCUCUUGUGUUUGCAGAAUAGAGAGGAAUUUUAUUGAGUACAAGAAUUUAACCAGACUGAAAGAAAACGCAAGGAAAAUAAUAAAAAAAAUUUGCGUGUUUUUUAUUUAUUUUAUUUUUUUUUAUUCUCUUUCUUUUCUUUUCUUUUAUUUUUUAACUGUACAAUAUAUACAUUUUUCUGUUUUUUCAGGCUGGUUACCUUGAUAACAACGUUGUUUUGUCAACCCUGGAUAAUGAAGAAAUUCUAAUAUCUCACCUUUUUUAUCA